GAUGUUUCGCAUCUCCAGCAGACACAGACACUUCCUGAAACACAGCGGUCACACCAAGUCUGCUCUGUCCCAGAGCUUUAAUGGAAACACAGUUUUAACUGUGUUUGAAUGGGAAAUGGUCCGUGUGUUAGUGUUCUCUCCGCGGCGAGGUGGACUGACCUCUGAUGACCUCUGGUGACCUGUGCUGACCCUCACACCUGUCCGUCAAGAUCGUCAAAUCUGCACCUAAAGUCAUGGACAAUUCAAAUGACUUCAAGAAGGCGGAGCCCAGAGUCAACGAGAAGAAAUGCUCAUGGGCGUCAUACAUGACUAACUCCCCUACUGUCAUCGUAUUGAUCGGCCUUCCCGCCAGAGGAAAGACAUACAUAUCCAAGAAGCUGACUCGAUACCUCAACUGGAUCGGGGUUCCCACGAAAGUUUUUAACCUAGGCGUUUAUAGACGUGAGGCGGUACAGUCGUACAAGUCUUACGACUUCUUCCGUCACGACAAUAAAGAGGCCAUGAAAAUCAGGAAACAGUGUGCCAUCGUGGCUCUACAGGAUGUGAAAUCUUAUCUGAAUGAGGAGGGAGGGCAGAUCGCUGUUUUUGAUGCCACAAACACAACCAGAGAGAGAAGGAGCCUCAUCCUGAGUUUUGUGAAGGAAAGUGCAUAUAAGGUGUUUUUUGUCGAGUCGCUGUGUGACGACCCAGAAGUCAUUGCUGCCAGCAUACUGGAUGUGAAGGUUUCCAGCCCUGAUUAUCCUGAGAGAGACCGAGAGAGCGUGAUGGAGGAUUUCCUGAAGAGAAUCGAGUGCUAUAAAGUCACAUAUCAGCCGUUAGACCCAGAUGACCAUGACAAGGACCUGUCCUUCAUCCAGGUGAUCAACGUGGGCCAGCGUUUCCUGGUGAACCGUGUUCAGGAUUACAUUCAGAGCAAGAUCGUCUACUACCUCAUGAAUAUUCACGUUCAGAAGCACUCCAUCUACCUGUGCCGCCACGGCGAGAGCCAGCACAACGUCCAGAGCUGCAUCGGAGGAGACUCGGAGCUCUCCAGCAGAGGAAAACAGUUUUCUAAAGCCCUGCGUGGGUUCCUGGAAAACCAGAAGAUCCCAGACCUGAAGGUGUGGACCAGUCAGCUCAGACGCACCAUCCAGACGGCCGAGGAGCUGGGCGUCCCGUAUGAGCAGUGGAAAAUCCUCAACGAGAUCGACGCCGGCAUCUGUGAGGAAAUGACAUAUGAAAAGAUAAAAGAAACAUACCCAGAUGAAUAUUCUCUCAGAGACCAGGACAAAUACCACUACAGAUACCCAGGAGGAGAGUCCUAUCAGGAUCUGGUGCAGCGGCUGGAGCCAGUAAUCAUGGAGCUGGAGAGACAAGGCAACGUGCUGGUCAUCUGCCACCAGGCCGUCAUGCGCUGCCUCCUCGCCUACUUCCUGGACAAGAGCGCUGAUGAUUUGCCGUAUCUGAAGUGUCCCCUUCAUGUGGUCCUGAAACUCACCCCAGUGGCUUAUGGCUGUAAAGUCGACAUAUUUGACCUGAAAGUAGAAGCUGUGAACACACACCGGGACAGACCACUCAACGCUAAAGGCUGGCAGAGUGGUCUGUUUUUGCAGUGCAAGUCUGGAGGUGGGAGUUUGCCUGAAAAACACAAACCACAGAACAAUGUGAAAGGCAUUAUCUGCUGCCACAGAGAAUUUGGUUUAGCGCUAGCUACACAACAGUCUCAGCGCAACUCGGAGCUAGAGGAACAGAACAAAGAGCUCCGUGCUAGAGUAUCCUCUUUAACUAAGAAAAUUAACCGCAACAAAGCUGCAGAAAUAACUGAUGUGGAAGAAGUUAGUCAGCCUGAUAACAAUUAUCCUGACUUACAAGCUUUCUUUGAAACAGAUGUAGCCAUCCAAUCAGUAACUGAUGUGCCUGUAGAUUCAGUGAAGGUAUGUGGCGCUAGGAGAAGAUCUCAGGGAAUUGAGGGAAUUGAAAGUGUUCCUCCCAACUCUUCUGUUGUCCAAGUACAAACUGUUGCCAAAGCACUAGGACCUAAAGAUAUAGAGAGACUAUCCCAGAGCUUACCCUCAGCACGCACAAAUUUUUCUGAAUUUAGAAGAGCAUUGAUCAGCAAAAUGCGUCUCUACGACAUGUCAUUAUCAGAAGUCACACAGCUGAUGUCACAAAUUCUAACUGAAUCUGAAUUCAACAGUUUUGAGUCUGCUGUUACUUCUGAACUACAACAUGCGAGUAAAGGCGAUUUGAGAGGAGGUGUUUUGAAAAUUCUAAAGAAUAUCAUGGGACCCAAAAUAGACUGGUCCAGAAUCACUAACUGUGUGCAAAGGAAAGAAGAAACUGUGAGUGAAUACACUGAAAGGUUUUGUCAGUCAGCUGCAGCAUACAGUGGAAUAGCUGACACUCUAGAGAAGGUACUGGAUCGUAAAGGACCACUAGUUAGAGCAUGGUUUGAUGGCCUUUUAUCAGAGUACAGAUCUGCUUUGCCGUUCUUAGAUCUAACAUGGUCCACUGGAAGUUUGCAAAACAACUUGGACAGGUUAGCUACAUGGGAAAGAGACUCUGAUGUUAAAGCCAGAGUAAAGAUUGCAGCAGUAUCCUUUCAGGUCAACACAGAGAACCGACAGAAACGUAAAAAUCCUAAGAGGGAGGGCAGUUAUCAUUACUGUGGUAAACCUGGACACUGGAUGAAAGAGUGUAGGAAAAGCAAGAAAACAUUAGGAGAAAUUAACAGCUUUACUCAGCUCCUACUCCGUCUACUUACUACUCUGAAGCAGCCCCUCCCCACUUCACCGAACUGUUGGAGCAGCUUGCUCAGGUGUUAA